AUGUCCUUUUCCACUCCGACACUCAACUCCUCCUCUUCCAGACCCUUCAUCUCCACCUCCACCCUACGACGUCGUUUACCCUUUGUCGGCGCGUUUUGCAUGCUCACUUUCGGACUCACCAAUUUCUACACACCAUUGUGUUCUUCUGCCCUCAAAACGGGGUUCGUUCAAUCUCUUCUACGAUCCAAAUUGGGUAGCAGGUUUUCGACUAAGAGCAGCAACUUUAUUCAAAUGGAAGGGAAUACUAGUAACACCACUGUUCCAAGCAUUGUUGUGUAUGUCACUGUUCCCAACAAAGAAGCUGGUAAGAAAUUGUCUGAGAGUAUUGUCAAGGAGAAACUUGCAGCUUGUGUUAAUAGGGUACCGGGUAUAGAAUCGGUGUAUCUAUGGGAGGGAAAGAUCCAAACUGAUUCUGAGGAACUUCUUAUAAUCAAGACCAGGCAAUCUCUUUUGGAAGCACUGACAGAUCAUGUCAAAGCAAAUCAUGAAUAUGAUGUACCAGAGGUAAUCUCCUUACCCAUCACUGGGGGCAGUCUCAAAUAUUUAGAAUGGUUAAAAGAGAGCACAAGGGAGUGA